CAAUAAUCUUCACUCUCUCUCAUUUUAACCCCAAUAUUGCACCAAAAAUUAUAAAUGCUCCAGAACUAUGAAUUUAAGAAAAUCCCUACUAUCCUUUGUUACUCUAAUUAUAAAUAUAUCUACUGUGUUAUCAAUCGACUGCUUCAAAUGCGUCUCCAUAAACCGGGAUUAUCCCCCAUGCGAGGACCCCUUCCACAACAACUACACCGUGGAUGUUUUCGAAUCACCCUGUAUGGGGGGCCGAAAGGGACGCGAUGGCUUAUUUCCGGCCACUUCUUGUGUGAAAAUAACCGGAGUUUUUGACGACAAUGGCGAUACAGUUACAGUUCGAGGUUGUGCCUUAGAUAGCGGCACAUUGACAACCGAUACAGAAAUUGUCCGAAUGUCACAUUGUGGGGGGUUUUACUACGACAAUAGAUAUGCAAGAGGAUGUGUCCAAAGUUGCAACGAUGCCGAUGCUUGCAACUCCGCACGAAGAUUUCGUCCAUUCUAUGUUUUAAUCGUCAUUGCGCCAGUGUUGCCUUUUAUACAAAAAAAAUACUAGUGGAACUUAACUGUAAAUUUAUUAAUACUCCAAAACAGAUCACGAAUUGUUGCUAUAUUUAGGUUUAGUUUCUUGGUCUGUGACGGCUCUUAUGUAGAUGGCGUCUUCAGGAAGAGGAUUCGGGGGGUUGUCUUCUUCCAAAAAGUAUGAACAAGCAAUCGCCAACACAGAACCUGUCAAAGAAAUAAAAAUACAGGGUGUUCCGUCUAAACCCCACUUUAGAAGUAUUGGGAGUUGAAAUAAUCGUUUUUAUUUGAAAAUUGGUACAUAAUCA